CUGGGUAACACAAUGCCAGCUGAGCGCAAAAAGCCAGCAAAUAUGGAAGAAAAAGAAUCUCCGUUAAAUAGUAAAGAAAAAGAAUUUAGUGAAAGGCGACCAGUGAGCACCAGGGAGAAGCCAAAAGAAGAUGUCAAGGUUGGCAUGAAGAGAGAGACUUUAAAGGUUCCUGAAGAUAAAAAGAAAAAACUGGAAGAGGAUAAAAGAAAAAAGGAAGACAAGGAGCGGAAGAAAAAAGAAGAGGAUAAAGUAAAGGCAGAAGAAGAGCAAAAGAAGAAAGAAGAAGAAGAAAAAAAGAAACUUGAAGAGGAGGAGAAAAAGAAACAAGAGGAGGAAGAAAAAAAGAAACAAGAGGAAGCAGCUGCUCAACUGAAGGAAAAAGAGGAAGCACAUCAGGUCCAUCAGGAAGCUUGGGAGCGCCAUCAGGCAAGAAAAGAGCUUCGCAGCAAAAACCAGAAUGCACCAGACAAUCGCCCUGAGGAAAAUUUCUUCAGCAGACUGGAUUCCAGUCUGAAGAAGAACACAGCUUUUGUUAAGAAGCUAAAAACCAUUACAGAGCAACAAAGGGACUCCUUGUCCCAUGACUUUAAUAGCCUGAAUUUAAGCAAAUACAUUGCAGAAGCAGUAGCUUCUAUUGUGGAAGCCAAACUGAAAAUAUCAGAUGUGAACUGCGCUGUGCACUUGUGUUCGCUCUUUCACCAGCGCUAUGCUGAUUUUGCUCCUUCAUUACUUCAGGCUUGGAAAAAACAUUUUGAAGCAAGGAAAGAAGAGAAGACUCCCAACAUUACCAAGUUAAGAACUGAUUUGCGUUUCAUUGCAGAAUUGACAAUAGUUGGGAUUUUCACUGACAAGGAAGGUCUGUCUUUAAUCUAUGAGCAGCUUAAAAAUAUUAUUAACGCUGAUCGAGAAUCCCACACUCAUGUUUCUGUGGUUAUCAGCUUUUGUCGGCAUUGUGGAGAUGACAUUGCUGGUUUGGUACCAAGGAAAGUAAAAACUGUUGCAGAGAAGUUUAACUUGAGCUUUCCUCCUAGUGAGAUAAUUAGCCCAGAGAAACAACAGCCCUUCCAGAAUUUGUUGAAGGAAUACUUUACAUCUUUGACCAAACACCUGAAAAGGGACCACAGGGAGCUACAAAAUAUUGAAAGACAAAACAGGCGCAUUCUUCACUCCAAAGGAGAGCUGAGUGAAGAUCGACACAAGCAAUAUGAGGAAUUUGCAAUGUCAUAUCAGAAGCUUUUGGCAAAUUCUCAAUCUCUAGCUGAUCUUUUGGAUGAAAAUAUGCCUGACCUUCCCCAGGAGAAACCAACACCUGAGGAACAUGGACCUGGUAUUGAUAUUUUCACACCAGGAAAGCCUGGAGAAUAUGACCUGGAGGGAGGUAUCUGGGAAGACGAAGAUGCUAGAAACUUCUAUGAGAAUCUCAUCGACUUAAAGGCUUUUGUGCCAGCAAUUUUGUUUAAAGAUAAUGAAAAAUGUUCCCAGAACAAAGAUUCUGGCAAAGAUGACUCAAGAGAUUCAAAAGAUGCCAAAGAUAAUAAGGAAGCACCUGGGAGUGAGGAUUUGGAGUUGGAGCUGGAGAACCUGGAUAUUAAUGAUGAUCCCCUGGAGUUAGACUGUGGAGAUGAGGCAGAAGAUCUUACAAAAAAGCUUCUUGAUGAGCAAGAACAAGAGGAUGAAGAAGCCAGUACUGGAUCUCAUUUAAAACUUAUAGUAGAUGCUUUUCUUCAGCAGCUUCCAAAUUGUGUCAACAGAGACCUCAUAGACAAGGCAGCAAUGGAUUUUUGCAUGAAUAUGAAUACAAAAGCCAACAGAAGAAAACUAGUACGAGCACUUUUCAUAGUUCCUAGACAAAGGUUGGAUUUGCUACCAUUUUAUGCAAGACUGGUUGCCACACUGCAUCCCUGUAUGUCUGAUGUAGCAGAGGAUCUUUGUUCCAUGCUGAAAGGGGAUUUCAGAUUUCAUGUAAGAAAAAAGGACCAGAUCAACAUUGAAACAAAGAAUAAAACUGUGAGAUUUAUUGGUGAACUUACCAAGUUUAAGAUGUUCUCCAAAAACGAUACUCUCCACUGUUUAAAGAUGCUUCUGUCAGACUUUUCUCAUCACCAUAUUGAAAUGGCAUGUACUCUGCUGGAAACGUGUGGAAGAUUCCUCUUCAGAUCACCAGAAUCUCACUUAAGAACCAGUGUUCUUUUGGAACAAAUGAUGAGAAAAAAACAAGCAAUGCAUCUGGAUGCACGCUAUGUUACAAUGGUAGAAAAUGCCUACUACUACUGUAAUCCCCCUCCAGCUGAAAAAACUGUGAAGAAAAAACGUCCUCCUUUGCAGGAAUAUAUUCGUAAGCUUCUUUACAAGGAUCUCUCCAAGGUCACCACAGAGAAGGUCCUGAGACAGAUGCGUAAGCUGCCUUGGCAGGAUGCGGAAGUAAAAGACUAUGUUAUAUGCUGUAUGAUCAACAUCUGGAAUGUGAAAUACAAUAGUAUCCACUGUGUAGCCAACCUCUUAGCAGGUUUGGUCCUUUACCAGGAAGAUGUCGGAAUUCAUGUUGUGGAUGGAGUACUAGAGGAUAUUCGACUGGGAAUGGAGGUUAACCAGCCAAAGUUUAACCAACGGCGGAUCAGCAGUGCCAAGUUUUUGGGGGAGCUUUACAAUUAUCGAAUGGUGGAAUCAGCUGUAAUAUUUCGAACUCUAUAUUCUUUCACAUCAUUUGGUGUGAACCCUGAUGGUAGUCCUAGUCCACUGGACCCUCCAGAGCAUCUUUUCAGAAUCAGACUAGUUUGUACUAUCCUUGAUACCUGUGGGCAGUAUUUUGACAGAGGAUCCAGCAAACGAAAACUUGAUUGCUUCCUUGUAUAUUUUCAGCGAUACGUUUGGUGGAAAAAAAGUCUGGAUGUUUGGACAAAAGACCACCCAUUUCCUAUAGACAUAGACUAUAUGAUCAGUGAUACACUGGAACUGCUGAGACCAAAGAUAAAGCUCUGUAAUUCUCUGGAGGAAGCUAUCAGACAGGUGCAAGACUUGGAACGAGAAUUCUUAAUAAAAUUAGGAAUUGUGAAUGACAAAGAUUCCAAAGAUUCCAUUACAGAAGGAGAGAAUCUGGAAGAGGAUGAAGAGGAGGAGGAAGGUGGAGCCGAGACAGAGGAACAAUCUGGAAAUGAAAGUGAAGUAAAUGAGCCAGAAGAAGAGGAGGGCUCUGACAAUGAGGAAGAAGAAGGUGAAGAAGAGGAGGAAGAAAACACGGAUUAUCUGACAGACUCCAAUAAGGAAAAUGAAACCGAUGAGGAGAAUACAGAAGUAAUGAUUAAAGGAGGAGGACUUAAGCAUGUCCCUUGUGCAGAAGAUGAGGACUUCAUUCAAGCGUUGGAUAAAAUGAUGCUGGAAAAUCUUCAGCAACGGAGUGGUGAAUCUGUUAAAGUACAUCAGUUGGAUGUUGCUAUUCCUCUGCAUCUCAAAAGUCAGCUCAAGAAGGGUCCCCCACUUGGAGGUGGGGAAGGAGAGUCGGAGUCUGGAGACACAAUGCCGUUUGUCAUGUUAACACGGAAAGGCAACAAACAGCAGUUUAAGAUCCUAAAUGUGCCAAUGUCUUCCCAACUUGCUGCAAACCAUUGGAACCAACAGCAAGCUGAACAGGAGGAGAGAAUGAGGAUGAAAAAGCUCACUUUGGAUAUCAAUGAACGGCAAGAACAAGAGGACUACCAGGAAAUGUUGCAGUCUCUGGCACAGCGUCCGGCUCCAGCAAAUACUAAUCGUGAACGGCGGCCUCGUUACCAGCAUCCGAAGGGAGCACCUAAUGCAGAUCUAAUCUUUAAAACUGGUGGGAGGUAG